UUUCAUCCAUGUUAUAAAUAUCUAUCAUUUCCUAAGUGAGACAUAGUUAAGAUUUAUAUUCAUAUUCUCUUCACAACAAUGGCAUUGCGUUGCUAUAGCUCCUUCAUUGUCAUCUCUUUGCUUCUUUUGGUUACAUUCUCUAAUGUAGCUCAGGCUUAUGGAAGUGCAAAACUUCGUCCUUCAGAUUGUAAACCAAGGUGUAGUUAUCGUUGCUCUGCAACAUCACACAAGAAGCCAUGCAUGUUUUUCUGCCAGAAAUGUUGUGCUACAUGUCUCUGUGUUCCUCCUGGUACAUAUGGUAACAAGCAAGUAUGCCCUUGUUACAACACUUGGAAGACAAGGGAAGGAGGACCAAAAUGCCCUUAAUUUCACCCUCUAUACAUAAUAUCAAUAAUUAGGCAAUGUAAUUUUAUUUUUUUUUAUAUUUUGAAAUGGUGAUUGUUUUUGCACCUAGUGUAUGAAAAUUGAAAGUGAGUCGUUAUACUUUUCAAUGACACUCAUCAUGUAUCAUCUUUUUCUUUUAACCAUUAUGUGUUGAAAGACAUUCUUAAAUUUUGGUAACAAUAAAAACAAUGCUUAUGUGCUUUGUAGUACUACAAAUAUUUAAAUCAAUUGUGUUACUUGGA